AAAUGGCCUCCUUUGUUUUGAUUCUUGCUUCGAUCUGUCAUCGUGCGGGUUCGGCAGCAGCAGCAGCAGGCCACAGUUUGACGUUCAAAUUCGCGCCAAACUGGUGCGUGGUGCAACAGCGACACAACACACGCACGCACACGAUCAUCAGCUUCGCCGGAACGGACGGGAGCGUGUUGCGUGUGUGUAAACAAGGGUUGCGAUCGUAAAAAAGGAAAAAGAGUGAAACGAUGGCCACCGGCGAUAAUAAACUGUUGCUUCAGCUUGUUCAAAAGCUAGGCCUCGCCAACUAUGAGUCCCUUGCGCCUAAAGCGACGGAACUGCAGCGCCUGCUGGAGAUACGCUCGUCCAGCGGCAUGAUGAGCACCCUGGGCGACUACGCCAAGGCAACGAUCUGUAUCGACCUUGCCUCCAGCCUGCUCGGGCUGCCGUUCGACACCGACACGGCGCUGAAGCUGUCCGGCCUGAGGAAAACGGCGUACGCGAACGGACGCCGCACGCUGGAGAAGGUUCUGGACAUUAACAAAACGCUCGGCAUCGGGGAGAUCUGUGUGCAGGUGGGCGUUACCCAGGUGCAGCAGGAAGCGGCCACACUGCUCGAAGCGUACAAACAGUACGCCGGACAGGGCGGCGCCGGGAUCGAUUUUAGCCACCCGCAGUACGCGACGAUGGCCGUGUUUCAGGCGUGCAAGCGGCAGAAGGUGAAACCGCCCAAAACGAAGCUGCUACCGUUCAGCCAUCUCAAGCCGGCCCAGUGGAGCAUGCUGGAGAAGAAUUGGGAGAAAUUUCUCGCCACCGGUGCGGCCGAUAUGGGACCGAAGGGAGCGAAUACCAGGGGCGUUGUGGUGAAGGAGCUGGCAGCAAGGGGCGAAGAGGAGGAACAGGCCAAUGGUGGUGGGAGCAGUGCGGCACGGAAGCACGCGAGUCCGGAAAAGAUCGAACCGUACCAGAGCUGGAAGAAACGGAUGCUCGAGAAGGCGUACCGGGAGCUGGAGCUGCAACGGGGCAGUGGGUAAAUGUCCCUCUUCUCAACCCCCCGGGAACCAUCAUUCCACGAUGGGAGAUGUUUUUUUACGCUUAGAGGUGUGUUGUUUCGAGGACGCAAUGUUAGUGUUUGCACUGUGCCAAUACAUAUCCAGAUAUUAUUUACCGUGAAUUGUUAAGACCCUAGCUUUACGUAAGGUGCAUAUUUGUAUACAUAAUUAGGUAAUAAAAAAAUCGAAUGCUCAAACAAGAAAAAUAUUUCUAUAUAAACAAUAACGGACAGGGACCGACGGCUCUAGGUCGACUCGUACCGUUGCGCCAGAAUGUUGCGCCAUAACGCCCGGUCAUGUGCUGCAGAUCUCCAACUCGAGAUCCUCCGAUCCUCCGCAAGUUUGCCUCGACCUGGUCAAGCUACCGUACUCGCUGUGCCUCUCUCCUCCGCGUGCCCGUUGGGUCCCUUUUGAUGACCUCCCUGGCUGGAGGAGCUAACAGGCCUCCUCGCUAUAUAUCCCAGCCAUCUAAGUGGCUCGAUUUUCACCAGGAUUCCAAUCGGGGGAUCACCUAGCAGCUCGUACAGCUCAUCGUGGUCAUUUUGUACCUUGCUUUCAAAAACACCAAGUGCACGUAGAUCGCCUUGCCUUCCAGUAAGGUUCAUGUCUCAUGUCCGUAGCGUACAACGGGCCCGAUCGCCUGGAGAACCGACCAGAUCGCAGCCACUUACGUAGACUGCAGAAGGUGCGAUUUUCCAGCGAGAAUGCGCCUCCGAAUUUCCAAGGAUAUGUCAGAGUCACAUGUGAAUUGGGAUCCUAGGUAUACAAAAGAACCUACCUCCUCCAGUACCUCAUCGUCAUCCAUGCUGAUAAAGGGAAAAGUAUCUGGAGUGUUAUCCCUAGGCCCUAUUCCCUGCAUGUACUUCGUCUUUGACGUGUUGAUCUGGAGUCCAACCCGCUGAGCUUCUGACUUAAGUCCAGCAUGCGUUUCCACAGCCAUCCUCUCUUGUUGAUCGCAAUAAUGUCAAUGUCGUCUGCGUUGUCCAGGAGUUGGAUGGAGGGCCAGAAGAUGGUAUACCUCGCGUGUCGAUGCCUGCUCGUCUUAUCACACCUUCUAAGGCCACGCUGUACAGGAUACAUGAAAGGCUAUCCCCAUUGCCUCAGUCCUCUGUGGGAAGCAAACUGAGCAGACGCGACACCACCGUACUUUGAGGAAUACGGACACGUUUCUAAUUUCCACUUCAUUGUGUAAUUGGCAGCACCACCGCUCACUCAGCAGGAGAUGUUCGGAUGGUCGGAAUGAGACAUCGACAACGGCAUCACGUCGGGCGUGUGUGUGUAAUUAUUUACUUCCUACAAAAUGUAUUUCGCGCGCGCGCGCCUGCAGAAUUAGUAAUAAUAGUGCUAACAAAGAAACGUAAUAGGAGUAAGGGUGCUGUGUGUGUGUGUUGCUUCUGGUGUUACGAUACUGCAACGGAAAGUGAUUAGAUAUAUCAGUUAAAGGUCAGCCUAACAUAUUCACAGAUCUUGGCGUCAACCGACAGAGCAGAUCGAACUCAGUUGAUCCGGAAUAAUUCAAUUAACAGAGGACUAACGCCACAGCACCACAGAAUGCUAGCAAUUAGGAAGGUUAUGUAGCGUCUCUACAGGGUCAUAUCAUUUGGAGUUGAAAAUAACACCUUUCUCUAAUCAAAUCUCUUCCUUGCGGACAUCCUUCUUUUGCUUUUUAGUGUGUUUGAAAAUUGGGGCCUGGUGCCAUCUGCACAGUUUUACUUCGGCUUUCCGCAACAAGAUCGUGCUAUAAUAUUUAUAUAUGUACAUUUCAUCUCGCAAACAUGAUGGAAACGAAGAGAAAGCCCCGAAUAUUCAUAGUAUCCUUGCGUACAAGUUUUUCCCUCUUUUUAAUACGCGUACCAUAUGCCUCCUUGUGGCCAAAAGUAGUUUGAAUUGAACGGAUUGGUUAAAUCUAAUAAGAAAGAAGGCAUUAUCCGUGUGGCGUUGGUAGGUAGCACCAGUAGUUCUACCGUCCCAUGUGAAGAGGGUAACAUAAAUUGAGCAAAAGUGUUGAAAUACCAGCAAACAAACAAAAAACCUCUAACAGUGAGUAACGACAAAUAGUGAGAAAAAGGUAACCAAAACUAUUACCCUUGGCUUACAAAACACACACACACACACAGAGACUACGGAGUGAAACAGAAAAAAAGAAAGAAAAAACAAAAACAAACAAUAAUUCUACAUUCGGAAGUUAUUGUACAGCUUUUCAUUUGGAAUAAAUGGUAAUUAUGCGGUGCUUAUUUGUCUUAUCAUAUAAACACACACACACACGCGCACACGUCCACACGCACCUCUCUUUCUCGCUGUCCACUAUCGCAUACACAUAUUCUUUCACUGUCUCUCUCUCUCUCUAUGAUGCGUUCUAAGGCCUUUUUGCCCGGCAUAUUAAGCAAGAUGGGCAUUUAUAUGAACUGCGCUACAGGGGGAGGAAAGAAGGGAGGCUGGCUGUUGCGGGAGGAAGAAACUAAUAAACGGGCUAACGCUUUUGAUAGCAAUUGAUAGAUAACUAACUGAUCAACGGAUGGUUUGGGAGGGGUGAAUGGUGAAGUGUCUGUGUUUUGCUCUAUUGUGUGUGUGCAAUUAAUUCAUCACCAAUUGUAGCAUAAAUUCUGCUUUAGUGUACGUAUGCGGCAUGUAUGCAGCAAACGAUUGUAAGAUUAAAAGUUACUGUGUCUUGAAGAUGGUAAAAUCAAAAUUAAAAAAAAAAAAAAAAGAAA